AUUUUCGCCGUUGCUGCUAUUUGCUGCUCGACAUACGCCAAGUAACUUUGAUUCCAGCGUUUUUUUCGCCUAUCAUCAUUAAUGGAUCUCUCCCCACGGUUUCCUGAAUGUCAAGUUAAGUGUAAAGAAUUCACUACAGGAGCUCCAAGACAGUCUAUAAUAAAAAUGCACACUCUGACAUCUAAUGGUUCCCUCGACGAAACAACCAGAAUCAGCAGUACCUGUACAGUUUAAUAAAUCUUUAUCUAACCUUAAGUUUCACAAACUUUAGGAAUUGCGUUGAAACAUUUUUUUCAUAGUGUUUAACUUAAAAAAAAAAAAACAAUGAUAGAAGUUUCAUCCAAGCGGUUCCCGAAAAAACGCUGGAGGCCGCUUUUUCAACUUUUUGCUGUUGGUAUAACUUUGGUUUUGUAUCUUUCUUAUUUUUAUUCUACAUCGACCAGUACCAAAAAGACAAGUCAUAGCAAUGAAUGGAAUAAGUUUUUGAAUUUUGAGACAAAAGGAUACAAGUUGGUGCCUUCACGACAUCUGCUUCAAACAAGGAAUCAUAAUAGUAGUGAACCAACCAAACAACCGCCUCAGUUUCCAGAAGACCUGUUCACUGAGCAACAGCGUAAGCACGGGGCAGUGAUUUUUCACGUCCUCGGACUUGUUUACAUGUUCGUUGGUUUGUCCAUUGUGUGUGACGAGUUCUUCGUUCCUACUCUGGACGUGAUCACAGAAAAACUCCAGAUAUCUGAGGAUGUGGCAGGUGCUACCUUCAUGGCAGCUGGAGGGAGUGCACCUGAGCUAUUCACUAGCAUCAUCGGUGUUUUCAUCUCGUUUGAUGAUGUCGGAAUUGGUACCAUCGUGGGGUCGGCUGUCUUCAACAUCCUCUUUGUAAUUUCCAUGUGUGCCAUUUUCAGCAAGGACGUACUGCAACUGACGUGGUGGCCUCUCUUCCGAGACGUUAGUUUUUAUUCCAUUAUAUUAAUAAUCCUUAUGGCAUUUUUCAAUGACAAUAUAAUUCACUGGUACGAAGCCACGGUUCUUUUUUUAUGUUACAUUGCUUACGUGUCCUUCAUGAAGUUCAACUCACAAGUCGAGCAUUUCGUGAAGAGGAUUUUAAAUAGAAAUAAAGUAAAGAAAGUGCGCAGCACAGAUCAUUUGAUGGCAGGUUUGAGUAGAAGGCGUAUGAGUCGACCUAUCCUUCACUCUGGCAGCAAGUUUCGCCAAGGUCUACUACAGUUGAUGAUACACUCUAUCGACCCCAUGCAUGAUGGAAAAAUUGAUGAGAAAGCAUCGCAGCUACACGCCAUUGCCUCAUUGCGUGUUUUGUUGGAAGCAACAAAGCCUCGAAGCACAGAGAAAUCAAACGGCAGCACUGUAAGUUACAGACCUCCGUCUGGUGACAAAUUAUGCACAGCGUGUGCUAUUUGUUCUACUUGUGCUACUUACGCGAAUUGCUCCUGUAAAAAUGUUCAUCCUGUAACAAUUACCGUUUCAUCAACAGACGUCCAUAAUUGUACACCCAAGGAUGGUACAGAAAUCAUUUCCGUAGAUGAAACCGAACUUGGUGAGGAUAAAGACAAGGAUUCUCAUGACAGAGAGCUAGGUAACAUGGUGCCUCUCUCACCUUUGUCUGGUAGUGAACUCAACGAAAGUAUUACAGAUUUGGGCCAGAUAUCUAGAGAUUCUAACGACAAAAGGAAGUUCGAGUGUAUUGCUAGCGGAAGCACACCCAACAACGUGUGUACAAUAACUACUGACUCUGGAUCAGCUGCUGUCCUUGAGUUAUGUUCUGCUCCGGAGGUACAACAAAUAGAAGUCUUGCAACAAGAAGAGCCAUUAGACAUGAGCUGGCCCACCACUUGGCGGAAAAGACUGAACUACGUUCUUGUGGCUCCAAUUAUCUUUCCUUUAUGGCUCACCCUGCCAGAUGUGCGACGGAAGGAGAAACGCAAGUAUUUCCCAGCAUGCUUUUUAGGCAGCAUACUCUGGAUUGCCAUUUUUUCGUAUUUAAUGGUCUGGUGGGCCUCUUUGACUGGUCAAGCUGCAGGAAUACCAAAUGAGGUGAUGGGCUUGACUUUCCUAGCUGCUGGUACAAGUAUUCCAGAUCUUAUUACAAGUGUUCUUGUUGCCCGCAAAGGGUUUGGUGAUAUGGCCGUUUCAAGUUCAAUCGGAAGCAACAUAUUUGAUGUUGCCGUAGGUCUCCCGGUUCCUUGGCUGCUGGCGUGUCUAAUCUUCGGACCAGUUACAGUCAACAGUGCGGGCAUGGCUUGCUCUAUUUUGCUUCUGUUUUUCAUGUUGCUCUUUGUCAUUAUUUCCAUUGCUCUAUUCAAAUGGCAAAUGAACACGGGAUUAGCUUGUGUGAUGUUUGUUCUGUAUUUCCUUUUCAUUGCACUUUCUUUACUUUUAGAAUAUGAAAUUAUAUCUUGCGCAGCUGUUAUGGGACCGUUCGGGAGAGGAUAACCGAAGAUAAUAUAAUAUAAGAUAAUUUAAAUUAAUAAUAAUUUACUUUACAUUAUUCCCUUUUUUGGUAUUUUUAAGCGUUAAUAAUAGACACUGAAAUGUUUAAAGCAUAGUAAUCAAGUUGAUGAUUAUUUGUUGUGCAGCAGAAACAUUUUCUUCGUGGCUCGAUUGUUACGAUUUUAAAAGUCUCUGUGUAAAGAGCAAUUAAAUAAGUUCUCAUAAAAGUCUCUACAUAAACAGCAAUUAAAUACGUUUUCAUUUUUCUCCUCCUUUUGUAAUCAUAGUUUCAUCUAAGUCUGCAAAGAUUUUAAUGAGAUGUAGUCAGUUAGGGAAUAUUUACGAGUAAAAAUUUUAAAAAGGAGCUUACGUUAUAGUAAAAUACAUAGAUUUGUACACCAAUACUUUGUUUGGUCGUUGAGGACUUUUCAACAUAAUUUUCUGAUUAAAAACGUGGAGUGGUCUAUAAGAAUAUGUUAUAGUGUUUGUUCAUAUAUAUAUAUAUAUAUAUGAUUUUGAAAAUUUGUGCAAAGAAACACUUGCUCAUAACAUUAUGUAGAUAUCCCCUAGAAUUUAGACUUAACUAGAAGUUUACUUGUUCUAUAAUUAGAAUAAAAUUAUUUCCUUGCAUUUGAAACUAAACUGCAUUUCUGCAGCAUAUCAUUUUAGAUUUUACUUUUGUCAUAGACUAAAGUAUUUCUUGACAAUCUUAUUCUUUCACUUUGACAUUUAGAAAUGGCCUUUUUUACGUUGUGAAGAUGCAUAUAUGAAUGUUGUCAAGUGAAAAGUUAGGUGUUUUAAAAUUCAUGGCGAUAGGUUCUUUUAUUAACAAACUACUGACAUAAUUAUAAGAUAUAAAAAUGGAAGAUAAAAGUUUAUCCUUUAAAACAUUGAUCACCUCUAUACUUUUCGCUCGGCACUUAAUUCGUUUUUCGAAAAAACCAAUCAAUACAAGGACAUUGUCUGAUUGGAACUUAAUAUCCAGUUUAUGGUGCUAAAUAGAUAGUAAUAUGAUGUGUAUAGAAAUUUAUGUACGUUAAACUUAUUAAUCCAAUACAGGCCUUUAUGUUGGAAGUUCAGACAAGUGUUGUUUCAAAAAUAAUUCGUCUUUCUAGCAAAAUAAUUGAACCAAAAAUCCAAGCAAUGUUUACAUUUCACAUUUUCAUGUAGUUAUUUUGAGUUCACAAAAACGAGAACAUUUAAGAAUCAGUAAAGAUAAGGACUUAUAAUAAUUACGUCUCUCAUAUUUGGCGGAAGUAAUGACAGUUGUCAUAGUAACAAUAUUGAAUUUCUUGUUAAAUUCGAUUUUUGAAAAAUAAAAUUUAAUUCAGCAAAAUAAUUCAUUAAUUAGACUGCUGAAAAAUAAAAUAUUUAUUGAAACUGUUCAUUAAAAAAAACUUAUUAAUAUAAGUGGUCUAGCUGCUGGGUUAUUUAACACACACAUAUACCAUGUUGCAAUCUAAAUUACAAACACUAAAUUUUAUUGAACUUUUUGAUACUGUACGUUUCUCAAAUAUUACUCCAGACGAUUCAGCUAUAUGCAUAAACUUUCGUAUCAUUUAUACUUACAUUACAUAUAAUCGAAAAUCAAUUACGGAAAGUCAUUAACUACAUCUUCUUUUCAUUAUAGAAAGUACUCAGAAAAUAUCAAAUUUAUCGAGAUCCGUAACAAUCAGUUUAUUCCUUUAAGUAGACUAUAGUUCGAAGUACACUUGUAUUGUGGUCUACUAGCGUGAAUUGAUUAUAUGUACUGAAAUACGUGAAAUUUUAGAGUUAAUAAAAUACAAACACAACCUUAUCAUCUAAACAUUUACACUGCAAAGGUUAAUAACCUAAUAUCUUGUAAAUGUAUGUACAGUUGUUAGUGGAAGAUAAAGAUAAUACACUUAUUUAUAAUACAUAUGAAUGUUUUGUGAAUUUGGCGCACUUAUAUUAUGUACUUACUAAAAGUUAUUCAACGAGGACCAUGCAAGUUAUCAAUCUCUAAGGUCCACAAGGAGGAGCUAGCUAGAUAACCUGAAAAUAUUAGGUAAUUGCUGCCUUUUCAGUAGAAUGUUAAAGGUUAUUCUAUUAUUGUUUCCGUUAAGUAAUCUUGUAUGAUAUCAUUGUACGGCAGAUCUAAUUUUCCCAUUAAUAAUAGGCCUACUAGACCGUUUGAAAAAAUAUAUGUUAGGCCUUUUCGUUACCUUGAUGUACAUUUAGAAAAUAAGGAUAGAUAGUUUUCAGUUUAGUUAGUUAACUUGUUCGAUUAAAAUUACCGACAAGCGGGAAUUGUCACACAAUAGUAUGACAGAUUUUAAAAGGGAAAGUAAUUUGUUUAUUCAUAAAAUAAACUUUCUUUAUUAGGAGUUCUAAGUAUGUUUUGCCAUUACUUAGGAUUAUGAAAUUCGAGUGAGAUAUCUGAUGUCAAGUGUUGUCUUUAUGACUGUAAAUUGCAGGAGUAAAUGGACUUAAAAGAAAUAAUCGGUUAUAAAGAAGACCUUCAGAUAUUCGUUGCCAUGAGUGUAAAGAUGAUGCUUAAACUUUCUUACAGAGGUGUACUUAUCACACUAUAUUUGUAAGUUACCUGUGAAUACAAUGAAUUAGAUACAAGAUAGACAUUUUGAAUAUUCUAUUCAUUUUAAAUUGCGAAUAAACUCUUUUAUUUAUUGUUUUAGUGUGUCAACCCAAGUAAGGUAUGAUGAUAAAAUAUAAGACAAUUGGCACCUGUGGACAAUUUUUGUGGGUUGUCGAAUUUCUGUUUCGCAAAUAUUUUGGUUAACUUUUUAAAUAAAAUUUUGUAUGUUUAUUAAGCAUUAGCUUGUAAAAAAAGUUAUGGGUGGUAUUUAAUUUAGUGAGAGUAAAUUUUAUAUGCUCACUUAAGAAGACACGUAGCCAGAUUACCUAUGUAUCUUGAGCAAGUAGCUGUUAAACUGAGUAAGAAAUCCAUGAAAGUCUUCUUUCGGUAAAUAUAUAUAAAGAAAAUCCUUUACAGUCUCUGUGUAAAAAAAAGGUGCAUAGUUUUCUUCCAUUUCACAAGUAAAUUUUAAGUUCGAAAAUUGUGACUUUAGAUUUUCAAGGAAAAGGUGGGUAUGUUAUUUUCAACGAAAAACAACAACAAAAGUGUCAUCGACGUACCAUUCACAAAUAAUUGGUUUUAACUCUAAAUAACACUGAUUUAUACAGUUUUCCUCAUUACGGAAAAAAAAUCAUUGGCAAAGGUUAAACGUAUAGGGUACCUCAUACAAAUGUCAGAUUUUCCCUAAAACUAACAAUUCUUUUUGACAGCAUGAAAUAUUAAAGACUUAUGAACCGCUUACAGUGUUAUAUUUUUGGAGUAGAUCAGAGAGACGUAUCUCUAUGUUUCCAUCAAAUGGAAUGCUUGGGAAUAACGACUUCACACCAGAGAUUGUCAUGAAGCAUUGACAGGAAGCUGCAUAUUUUACCUUCACUAUUACAGCAAAGUGAUUAGACAGCUGCAAAUUAUUAACUUGUUAGUGGUUAAUACUUCUAAAGAUGUGGUACAAUUGGUAACAUGAUCGGUCUCAGGGGAUGUCAGAACCAACAAAAAUCUCCUAAAGGUACCGAAUGUUUGUUUGACCAACAUUAAGUUUUAUUCUCUAACCUAUUUAUGACACUAACAAGAAGGUUUUAUACCGCUAAUUAAAAUUAAUGUAAUUUUCAGAAACAUCUUUGAGGUUAAGAUGUUUUUUACUUAAAUAACUAUAUAACUAAUUCCCUUCGUCCAUGAGUAACUUAUAAAUGUACCUAUGCUGAUUAUAAGAUCACUUAUGUCAGAAACUAUGCAUAUGUCAGAAAAACUGAGCAUCGCCUUUUAGUGCAUGCAAGCAUGUGGAAGUGCCUUUUAAGACCGGUAAAGUACGUUCAAGUUCGCGUACUUCAGCAAUUUCGCUGCCAAUUUGAAAUCAGAAUUCUCGUUCAGAAUUCCCAAUUUUAAGUAUAUUUUUAGACCCAAUUCACUUCACCUCGCAUUCACGUGGUAUCGAUCCUAAAAUAACCUCUGUAGCAGCGAUCCCCCCCAAAAAAAACACACUAAAGACAAGAUGUUAACCAGUUGUUUUGUUGUUUUAUGUAAGAAUCGAUAUAACAAACCCAGCUGUUUGUCGUUUUUAUAUGGUUCCUACAAUAUUGAACAGGAAGAAAAGCAACUUAGUUCCUGCAAGCAAAAGAAAUUACUAGUACAUACGAACACUAUUACGUUUCCACCAAUCACAUUUUCACAAACAGGCAGACCUUAAGUACACCAUACACUACCACAUAAUUUAUUUAUCAACCAAGUAGCCUUUCUCCGUUAUUUGAAAAUUCUUUUUAGCAGCAAUCAUUAAAUGACCCGCUUCUUGUUCUAUAAAAUUAUCGAUUGUCGAUUGGUUAGUGGAAUAAUACCAUAUUGCGUAGUCAACAAGGGAAUCUGUUAUCACUUCGAUAUUCAAUACUAUGUUAUUGUGCUACUGAAGUGAAAAUCCUCUUAUGACUUGAAUAACAUGGCUUAUUGAAGUUUUCGUAAAAAUUACCUCUUCAUCUUUCUAAGAAGUGUGGUAUUAACAGUUAAAAAUCCGCUGAAAACGUGGCUUUACGUUUAAAACUGUAACUUAAAAGGUUUACAAUUUACAAGAAUUUAAACUACAGUUAAAAAAACAACCGUAAAACUGCGGUAAAAGUACAGGUACCAUAUUCAUAAGAUUCCUUAUUUAACAGAAAAUAUUUUAAGAAAUCUCAUAAAAAACGGAAUAUUUGAAGAACUUCCCUAAACAUUACUAAAAAUAUUCCGUUUUAUCAACUUAAAAUAGUUUCCGUUAAAAUACAGAAGUUUGUAAAGACAUUCUCGAAAUUUCGUGCUGAUAGUUUUUCCAAAGUUCUAUGAACUUUGUUUUUUAUAGUAUAAGACGAUAUUGUGGGAGAGCUUUACAGAAUGCUUUUAAAUAAGCCUUCAAAUUUCAAGAGCCACUGUAUCAUUAAUAUAUUUUCAACCGUGAGAAUAUGCUUGGGGGGGGGGGAGAUACAAAACAAGAUUUUAUGUACUCUCUAAUCGUCGCAUAUGAAGCUUAUUUUUUAUUAUAUUAGUUAAGAAUUAGGCCUACUUUCUAUUACAGUGCGUAGCCAUAUGGUUGAUUUAAAAAUGCAAGUUUAUAAAGUAUUCUAUAAUCAAAAUUUUGUAUUAUAUUGCGUUGUCGUAUGAAUUUAACCGAAUGAUAAUAUAUAUGUGUUCAACAGAGCUUAGUGUUGCUAUACUCUGCAAAUGACGAAAAGUAUUAUCAUUGCUAGGUAUUGUACCGCAUAAGUAAAACACUAUUUGAAAUUUUAAUCCUUCUGAUAUUCCCAAUAGAUCGGUCGUAGCUCUAACCUGAAACUAACGUAGUUUCUCUACGGCUUACCAUACAGACACAAGCAUAUGAAUUAAAAAUAUCCACCUAUAAUAUAAUUCAAUCAGAGAUAAAUGUCACUAAUACUGGUUCGUGCCAAACUCUGAUUCACAUGUGCAACAGUGACGUAAUUCUACGUAGAUUGCAAACAAGAGAAAGAUCUGUAACCAGUCGAAUACUAUUUGUCAUUUCUCGGGUCUCAAGAACUUCACACUCAUAGAGCAAUGGUCUAUGAUUGCUAACCGCCAGUAUUCCUAUAUAACCCUGCUUUGUUUUCAACAUCUUUGGGACUUUCAUCAGUUGCACUCCUCAUUUCCUGCUGCAUAUGUUUGCAGUUUUGUUUAGCCUCUUUAAGUCAUCCUAUAUAGAAAUUACUGAAGCUUAUUUUUCCAUAGUUUCCCCUUUCUUAGCUUUAAAUUUUUUUAUGUGAUGUUGUACUCUCAAUGUCAACUAUUUGCUGGAUUGAAAGUUAAUAAGGAAUAUUUUUCGAACCACAAAUUAUAACAUUUAAGAUAGCAAAACAGAAGUACUAAGAUUCAUCAAGCUUUCUAGUAAAGUUACCCAGUUAAUAUACGCUAAAGCAGUAUUUGAUUAAUCAUUGAAACACACAAAUCAAUAGAAAUGAUGAGCUUAUUAACAUGAUCAAAACAAAAUCCUUAAAAAUUUGGUUACGGUAAAGUUUAGAUGUGAAUAACUAUCGUAUUCAUCAUGUAUAACUUUUCACAGUUUAUAGAGUUCAUCUUGAACACAACUGUCACUAAUCGGUAUUUGGUAUGGCUUCCUUGUGCGUCACUGACGGCUCGUACACGACGUUGCAUGCUCUCCAUGCAGUUAGGCCAUCCACGUUGUUAGACUUACGAAACAUCUUCUUGAUGAAACGUGUGAUUUCCGCCAAGAGGUUCUAUAUUGGGUCUUACCUGAUGAUACUAGUGACUACUCCAUGCGUCCACCUCCUUAUUUGGGAGGAAACUCUGAAUCAUUCGGGAUCUGUUUGGUUUGGCGUUGACUUCUUGGAAAACAAAAUUUUUCUGAAAGGCCCUUCUAGCAAAUGGAAGUAAGUUUGCCUAUAAUAUGCGUUUGUACUUGUGUUGAUCCAGAUUUCAAGCAGUGACGCAAAAGUCACUCUUAACCCAAAACUAUCACUUCAACACCUUCAGCUUGCACUCUUGGCUGGAUGCAAUCAUCGUUUUAGGUCUCGGAUUUGCCAUCGCACUCCAAAACAACUAAACAUCAUGGCAAAAGGCUUCAAAUCAUUGAACACCACAUGUUGCCAGUGUCCAGUGGGUUAAUGUGCGUGAUAACCAGUCACUAACAGUCAGUCAUUGACAAUAAUUUUUAAUACUGAUAGAUUUGUGAGUUCUUGUCAUUCAGUUCGUAGAGUAUUGGUAGCUUUAGUGCGGCCAUUUCUGCAUAAUUGAAACAACUGGCCAUCAUCUCUAUCUGUGGUCUUCCAUGGGCAACCUAGCCUGUUUUUUGGGGUAGGUCUUCCGAUUUUAUUGUUUCUUUUCAUAAUCUUAGAGACGUUGCCUUGGCUUAUAUUUAACUGUUUGACAGCAUGACGUUGUUUGAUGUCAUUACCACGUUGUGCCAUGACCCCGUAUUAAACUCCAAUAUCCAGCUGUCGAACCGUCGUCUGCAGAACUUGUUAUAUAUAACAUUCUAAGGUCACUACAGUAACGCGCCGGAGAGAUAUAGUAAAUUAAAAAGCUUUCACCGCCAUAUACCAUGAGCGUAUACCAUCAUCUGAUAAAUCAAAUGCACAUAUAAAUUGGCUUGAAUGUAUAUCAUCUGAUAGAGCAAAUACACAUGCAUGGACUGGAAUUCACCAACAGACCAUAGAUUGAACUUCCAUCAACAAAUAUUACAUAUUAAUUGUCAACUCUGUAAUACAAAAUGUAUGAGUUUUUAAACUUAUGAGAACAUAUUAAAAAACAUCAGAUCUUACACAUAAGGACUUAUAUAUUUUGUUUCUAUUUAUGGAAAAUUGUAGUAUAUUUGGUAUUUGUCUAUCAUAGGAAACCUAUCUUUAUUUGAGAGUUGAUUUUAUGAUCAAGAUGCAGCUCCAACGCAUUUUGUGUUCUAAAUUAACACAAUUUAUAGAACAAAAAUGUUGAUUUGAAGUAACAGUAUUAAUCUUAAUCCAACAAAACAUCAUCUGAGAAGCAGCUAGUGGUACGAUACUUGUUACUUUUACUUCAUUCAUAACAAAUUAUAGCCUGAUUAUCUUGAGCUAUAUAUAGAAAUAUUAUUCGAUUAUUAUAUCGAGGAUACGAGAUUCUACCGUGUUAACUCAUAAGUCCUUCUUUAAUCCAUUUAUUGUUCUAUUGUGGUUAUCCUGAGUGAAUUUAUGAAUUUUUACUUGAUCUUUCUGUUAAGUUGACAUGAUUCACUCAAAUUAACUCGUGAAUUUCUUUUUGUGCCAUUUAUUGUUCUAAUGCGAUUCUUCUGAGUUGAUCCUUUAAUCUAUAUUAAUCCAUUUAUCAACUGAAGAGGUUAUAUUGAAUUAACCAAAUAAAUAUGUAUUUUAUCCAUAGUUACUUAACCCGUCAACCGAUUCUUCUAAACUAAAUUAUGUUUUUUUUUAAUUCACAUAACGACCUGACAGGACCCUUCUGAACUUUUUUCAGGAUUCUUACUCAAUCCAUAAAUCUUUGAUAUAAAAACACAAUGCCCCAUCUCAUUUAACUGAUACACUUUACCCAUAUAAGGAUCUGAAAUGAUUUUUGAGAAUCAACUCAAAAGCCGUUCUUGGGACACACUUUGAACAUGGCAUGCCUCUCCUGAAUUAGUUUUUAAUAAUAAUGUCUACUUGAUUCGUAUUACGAACUGACUCGAUUCGCUUAUAUGACUCAGUUACUUGACCCAGAGGUCAGUAUGAAUCGCUUUUCACGGUCUAAUUCAAGAGUCCUUAUUUGUUCUCUGUAUCAUCUUGCAGUAUUUCUGUUUAACUUAUAAAUUCAUAUUUGUUCCAUAAUUGUAUUUGUGGAUUGUUUCCAAACCUAACCACUUUUGAGCCGAAAUAUUAAGUGACGCUAGGGAGAAAGGGCCACCUUUCGAGAGCACUCAGAUUAUACGGUUUCGUAUUUUCGUCUUUAAUUGAUUUUUUGAACCUGCGUGUUUUCCGAGCAUCAUCAUUGAAUAAUUAUUUCAUCCGUGUAUGCAAGCAAUUGGGACCAUAACGUAUUGGUUCAACGCGUAGCUGGACUUUCGACCACUCGUUAAAUCAACACAUUUAUGGCCAUAUAAACCGGUAAAAAACAACGAGAAUUAUGACAGUCUUAUUGGCUAUUUCGACAGCGCGUUGAGUCAAUAUGUUAUGACCGUGUUGAUAGCUUUCUACAGUGCCAUAACACGUUGAACCAACGCUUCGUAGAGACAUCUGGUGAUUGAAAACUAUCUUAUCAUUGGCUUGUUCAGCAAAGCGUGAACCAUUUUGGUAUGACCCUGAUGGCUUGUCACAUACGUGAAUGAAACCAUAGCAAUUAUUUUCAAUCAGCAUUUGAGCCGGUCGUUGUUCUGACACAGUUCUUUUGAAUUUAGUCAUUAUUUUUUGUGUUUUUGAUCCACGAAUAGCUGUGAAGCUUUUUCUUGAAUUAAAUGAAGAAGCUUGAGAUAGAAUGGGGGACACAAUCCAAAAGUUGUUAUAUCACUGCCUUUUACUAUAAUACCUGGUUCCUGAAGGUGCGGAAUUUUGUGUUGUUUGUUUCGGAUAAUAGCGCAAAGCUAUACAAGCGCUAUUAACCUCUAAUUUUGAACUGAGGGAGGCAAGUUAAUCAAUAGCACCCAACGCCAACUCCUGGGCUACUAUAAAUGAUUAGUGGGAUUUGACCGUUACUCUUAUAACGCACACACGGCUCCAAAAUGCGGAGAUUUUAUGAAUUUGAACUGACUGUGCAGUGCUAGUCAUGUCGUCAUGUUUGAAAUUAUCUAAAAGCAGUGACAAUAAAGUUAAUGUUCUUGUUGUGAAUUUUGUGUUUAAUUACAGAAAUAUAAUUUUAUUUAUGAAAUUUCAAAACCUAGAUAAACAUAAUUUUACCUAAAAUAUUUGGAAAGCAGAUUUAACUGAGAAAUAUAAACUUUACUUUGAAACAAAAGAUAAACCUUCUCAACAUAUCUUUAACACAAAUUUCAAUGAUGUUGCAUAGAACAGGAACUACAAAUUCUUGGUUGAAAUCUUAUUUUAGUAACUGUAUGGGGUGAUAAAUGAGUCAAAGAAACAAAAUAAAAAUAUAUUAAAAAGGGCUCCAACUUGAAUCUUAUUGGGAUUAUUGUAAUGCUUUAUUGAAAUGUUAGCUUUCUGUUUAGUUGUUGCAGUUUCUAGAAUAUGUUGGAACGUCCGUACUCUUUAGUUUUUGUCAAUACACUAUUUAGGUCAAGAUCUCCAGUUUUCAGAAUUAUAAGAUUUACCUAUAUAAUAUUUAAACUUUUCUUUCAAUAAAUUUGCGCCUAGUUUGUUCCGUCGAUCGCCUCCUUUCUUCCUAAAUGAUUUGAUAAUUUGUUUACCAACAUAACAAUUUAAGGCACACGAUAAGAGUUAAAAAUAAGUAUUUAAAGUAAAUAAGACAUGAAAAAAGAAUAUUAUACAAAACAAGAACGUUAAGUACCUAAAAGCCACAAUGACCAAGUCUAAACAAACAGGUACAGAUUAUGUAUAUAAAAAAUGUAAAUAGAAAAUGUUGGUGUUUAUUAAUUUGUCUUAUUUCAAGUGAUGCUACAUCAAGUAUACCCGAAACAAUUUUUUCUUUUGCAUAAUCCAUUCGAAACGUUCGGAAUAGAACAGACGCACAUCAUUCGAAAACAAAAACUUGAGCAUAUUAAUAACGAAUGAAGGAACAAAUCAAACACCUAGAUAUAUAAUGUAAAUACCCUAGUAGCAUUCACGCCAUAAAAUAUGCCAUGUAUGUAAAUCUACAUUUUCAAUCAUUCAUGAAAUUCAAUUGAAAGCAAAAAUGCUGUAAUUACUCAGAUAAAGGUUGUAUAUGUGUAUAUUCAUACUUGUCCUUAUAUUACGUUCAUAAAUUUAUCAAAACAAGUAUAUCACGUGUUCACAUAUCUCUGUACGUGAAAACGUUUACAACAUAUUAUUACUAACAAGCUACUGAAAUCAAACAAGUCCAUCUACAGCAUUUUUAAAACUUUAUUUGUAAAAAUCUGUAUAGAUUUAUAAAAGUAACAAACUGAUUCAAAUAUAGCAUCAUCAGAUAUGAAAAUCCAAAGAAAUGACCAGAUGAAAUUAUUUUGGGCGAAAUACCGGCCACAUGUUUAUCCCCCCCUUUAAAGCUAUAUAGAAUUAAGAAUGAAUGCUCGAUAUCAUUUCUUAAAGUUUAAUUAAAUAAUUAGUUAAUGUGAAGUUUCAUUUAUGCUUGAUUUGUAAUUUCUCUUGUAUUUUAAGAAUAUAUUUAUAUAUAUAUAUAUAUAUGUAUGUAGCAAUUAAAACUGUGAAACUAUUUCUAUGUUGUUAUAGAAAAACUAGAUUUAAUAAUAUAACCAACAAUAAACAGUUCUUACAGCUGUUUAAUAUUUUUCUUCAAUAAGUAUGGUUUAAAAUGUUAAGGUUGUUAUCGAACUCAUCAAACAAAAUACUGCACUUAAUAAUUCUGGUCAUAGCUUUAUCGUUACAUUUUUAAUACCUCUUUACAUAGCUCUAUCGUUACAUUUUAAUAGCUCUUUACGAGACCUAUAACUUUCAAGUACUAUGCUGAAAUAUUAAACGUUAGUCUUGACUUUUUUUCAGAUUUUAAAAUUUAAGAAUUUAGUGAAUGUAGUUUUGAUAACUUUGUAACACGCAUAUUCUUAUUCGUACCAAACGUGCUGCUGUUACUGAGAAGAAAAGCAUUAUGGAACUUUCUUGUAAAUUUUGUUUUUCUCUAUUUAUGUAUCAAAAUGUUCAAAUGAACGGUGAUGUUUUGGUAGAAGUCUGAAAACAAUGCUUUGACCAUUAUUGUCGAAAAAGAACAAGAAAAUAACCACAACGCUAUUCUCAGACUUGUUCAAAGACAAUACUGUUCAACAGAAACUUUUCAAUAAAUGUCAACCAAGAAUGAUCGUUGAUAUUCAGUUUCAAAGUUUAUAUUUAGGGAUAAACUUCAGAAAGGACAUAAAUUAAUAAAUGCAAAGAUAAAGUUAGAGGAUAUUAAUCUAGAGAGUAUGUGGUCUAUUCUUCCAAUAUAUAUCUUGCAAAAUACAUCGCAGAAAGCACGAAA